CGUCAUUUGAUGUGUAAAAAGAAGAUCGAGGCCGGGCGAGUUCGAUCUCAAAUUCAAAAUCUUCAAUCGAUCAAAGCCCUCGUCAAAAAUCCCCUUUCAAGCCUGUUCCGAAUCGAUCACCACUUCCCUUCCGCCACUGUUCCUUCCGCCAAUUUCAGAUAAAGGAAAUGCCUUCACAGAAGAUUGAAACUGGCCAUCAGGACACGGUUCAUGAUGUGGCUAUGGAUUAUUAUGGUAAGCGUAUUGCGACUGCCUCAUCGGACAGCACAAUUAAGAUAGUUGGGGUGAGCAACAAUACACAUCAGCAUUUAGCGACUCUGACGGGUCACCUAGGACCAGUAUGGCAGGUGGCUUGGGCUCACCCAAAGUUUGGCUCCUUACUUGCUUCAUGUUGUUAUGAUGGGCGUGUGAUUAUAUGGAAGGAAGGCAAUCAGAAUGAAUGGGGUCAGGCUCAUGUUUUUGAAGACCAUAAGUCAUCUGUUAAUUCGAUUGCUUGGGCUCCUCAUGAAGUGGGACUUUGUUUGGCAUGUGGUUCUUCUGAUGGAAAUAUAUCAGUUUUCACUGCAAGGGCAGAUGGAGGCUGGGACACAUCAAGGAUUGAUCAGGCUCACCCGGUUGGUGUAACUUCUGUUUCAUGGGCUCCAUCAACAGCACCCGGUGCUCUUGUUGGUUCUGGCUUGCUGGACCCUGUCCAGAAACUUUGCUCUGGUGGAUGUGAUAACACUGUAAAGGUGUGGAAGCUCUACAAUGGAACCUGGAAGAUGGACUGCUUUCCAGCUCUUCAAAUGCAUACUGAUUGGGUACGAGAUGUUUCUUGGGCGCCCAAUUUGGGGCUACCGAAAUCUACCAUCGCAAGUGCAUCACAGGAUGGGAAAGUAAUUAUAUGGACAGUGGCCAAGGAAGGGGAUCAGUGGGAAGGCAAAGUAUUGCAUGAUUUUAGCACCCCUGUCUGGAGGGUGUCAUGGUCAUUGACAGGAAACAUAUUGGCUGUCGCUGAUGGGAACAACAAUGUGACAUUGUGGAAAGAAGCUGUAGAUGGGGAGUGGCAACAGGUGACUGUUGUUGAGCCAUAGCACUCAUCAUUUUGGCCAUGUUUUAGAACCUAUUUAGUUACGUGUAUGUGAACUAUAAGGUUUAAUAUUUUUAUGCAGCUGCAUAGUUGAAUCAUUGUGUUGGAUAUUCUAGAACUCAAAUUUUGAGCUUGAAAUUGUGUCUCGAGUCCUUGCUGAUUAUGGAAGUUGAUGUACUUUGCA